CACAGGCUGUGUCUGGAGCUCAUCACAGUCAGCCAUGGGUCGUCCCGGGGUUCAGACAUCGGCAUGGAUGCUGCUGGUGGGCUUGAGUUGGACAUGUGUGGUUCAAGCGGUGGCAGGGCCACAGUACAUGGUGGCCAUUCCUGCAGUCAUCGAAUCUGGAGCUGAAACACCUUUUUGUGCCAGUGUCCUGAAGCCCAACGAGACUCUGACCAUGACUGUCACUUUGAGGUCCCAAGGGCAGAACUUAACCCUGUUGGAGAAGACAUCCAGACAACCAUUUCACACCUGCACUAAGUUUAUGGCUCCAGUAGUGCCGAGUGAAGUUCGAAAUUUCCAGGUGGAGGUUCAAGGGGCGACAUUUUACUCCAAAGAAGUCAGAAAAGUCAUGAUCAAAGCCUAUGAUUCAAGAACAUUCGUCCAAACAGAUAAACCACUCUACCUCCCUGGACAAACAGUGCAUUUCAGAGUUGUGUCACUGGACAGCAAGUUGAGACCUGCCAAUCAAAUGUAUGGUAUGAUUGAAAUUGAGGAUCCUGCCAGCAACAGAAUUGGACAGUGGCGAAAUAAAGCAUCCAAUGGCAAAAUACUGCAGCUUUCUUACUCCCUGAACUCUGAGGCCCGGGAAGGAACCUACAAUGUCAUUGUGACGAUUGAUGGACAAAAAAAUUACCACAACUUCAAGGUUGAGAAAUAUGUUUUGCCCAGAUUUGAGGUAAAAAUAGACGCCCCUGAAGAAGUGAGUAUAGGGCAGGAAGACAUCAAGGCUGUAGUUUGUGCAAAGUAUACAUAUGGACAGCCUGUGCCAGGCAAUGUGAAAAUUGAGAUGCAUCGACCUCUUAGUCGCUAUUAUACGAGACACUUUGAUUUGCCCCGCGAUCCUCAAGACAGCACUCCUGAGAUCACCGCCCCAUCCCACAUGGAGAUCAAACAGGCUGAUAAGGCAGGCUGUGCAACUUUUGUCAUCAAGAUGUCAACCUUUACAAAACUUGACCAAAAAGUGCUGCGAGACUCACUGCAGCUCAAAGCCAGUGUGGAGGAGGAGGGAACUGGUAUUUCACACCAAAAUCAGAAGAGAUUGGACAUUUCCUACGUCAUUGGAAAGCUUACCUUUGUUGACACACCCAAGAUUUACGAGGCAGGGUCAGAUGUGGCAGGAAAAGUCAAAGCAGUUCGUUUUGAUGAUACACCAAUCCCUAACAUGCCCCUGCACCUGUUUGAAGGUGAGAGGUGGUCAGCACGUCUGCUGCAGAAUCUCACCACUAACGGCGAAGGUGUCGCAGCUUUCACAAUGAGCACAGCUGGCUUUGACCAAGACAUCAACCUUGUCGUAAACAGCAAACCCACAGUGAGAUAUGAAGGCCAUAGAACUCCAUACCAUCAAACUGGAGAGCACACACUGUCAUCAGCCAAACCUUUUAGUCCAAAUAUCAAAACAAUCAGCACCUUGGAGGUGCAGAAGAAGGAUAAACCACUGGCCUGUGACGAGGAGGAAGAGUUCAUCAUCAAUUAUUUUGUAGUUGGGGAAGUCCCAGGCACUGCUGAUGUGAUGUAUCUGGUCUUAUCCAGAGGAGCCAUUGUAUCACAAGGAUUUAACCAGAUUGAAGUUCAAGAUAAACCAGUGACUGAAGGCCAGAUCUCCUUCAAGAUCACAGUGUCUCCUGAGAUGGCCCCAGACGUCCAGGUUGUGGCUUACGCUGUCCUUCCCAGCGAGACAGUGGUUGCCAACAAUGCUGAAUUCUCCACUGAGAAAUGUUUCAGUCACAAGGUGUCGCUGGAGUUUUCUCCAUCCUCAGCUGUCCCAGGAGAGGAAAACACCCUGCAGGUGACGGCCCAGCCAGACUCACUGUGUGGUGUGAGUGCUGUCGACCAGAGCGUCCUCAUCAAGGAGCCCGGGAAAACUCUGGAUGCAGAAAAGAUAUUUAACCUGUUGCCUGUCAGAAAAUCUACCCAUAUUCCAUAUGAAGUUGAAGACCCCUUAGAGUGCUUAUUAGUGCGAUCAAGAAGAUCCAUUCUGCCAUACCGUAGACGACGCCCAUCAGAUGAUGCUUACAACGUUUUCCAGAAUGUAGGGCUGAAGAUGGCGACCAAUUUGUUUAUCCGAACACCAUCAUGCCUCUUGUACAGAGGAGAAGAAUACCACCGAGGCUAUGGUUAUUCUGUGGCAUAUGACAUGGAAAUGGCCCCCACAAUGGCCAGAAUGGGCAUGGCUGGUCCAUCAGCUGGCAAAGCCAGGGAUGCUUCACCUAUAGAGACUGUUCGCAGUUUUUUCCCUGAAACUUGGAUAUGGGACCUCGUGGAAGUUGGUGAGACUGGAAUAAAGGACGUCCCCCUGACUGUCCCCGACACCAUCACCACCUGGGAGACAGAGGCUUAUUGUCUGUCACCUCAAGGUUUUGGCUUAGCUCCUCGUAAAGAGCUCACUGUCUUCCAGCCCUUCUUCCUGGAGCUCAGCCUGCCUUACUCCAUCAUCAGAGGAGAGAACUUUGAGCUGAAGGCUACCGUCUUCAACUACCAGACCAGCUGCAUGAUGGUCAGUGUUAUUCCAGCCCCCUCCUUAGAUUACGUCCUCACUCCCCUCUCUGGUAAUCAGUACACUUCCUGUUUGUGUGGCAAUGAGCGCAAGACCCUCAGCUGGAACAUGGCUCCCUCUACUUUAGGGGAGGUGAACAUCACUGUGACUGCGGAGGCUGUGGCGUCUCAUGCUUCAUGUGACAAUGAGAUCGUUAGCGUGCCAGAGAGAGGUCGUAUCGACGUGGUCACAAAGUCUCUCAUAGUAAAGGCUGAAGGAACCGAGGUGGCACAGACCUAUAACUGGCUGCUAUGUCCAAAAGAUGAAACUUUGACGGAGCAAGUGGAAAUUCAGCUUCCUGCCAAUGUGAUUGAAGGAUCUGCUCGUACUCAUAUAUCAGUCCUGGGUGACAUCCUGGGCCGUGCCCUGAAAAAUCUGGAUGGACUCCUGAGGAUGCCAUAUGGAUGUGGCGAGCAGAACAUGGCGCUCCUGGCACCCAACAUUUACAUCCUCCAGUAUCUGAAAAACACACAGCAACUGACCCCAGCCAUCAUGGAGAAGGCUGCUAACUUCCUGACCAGCGGCUACCAGAGACAGCUGAACUACAAGCAUGAAGGAGGGGCUUACAGCACUUUUGGAUCAGGAUCAGGGAACACUUGGCUUACAACCUUUGUGAUGAGAUCCUUCUCCAAAGCCAAGUCUUUCAUCUUCAUUGAUCCAAAAAAGAUUCAAGAGUCAAAAACCUGGCUGGAAAGCAAGCAGCGGGAAAACGGCUGUUUUGAACAGUUGGGGAAACUCUUUAACAACAGGAUGAAGGGUGGUGUGUCUGAUGAAGUGACUCUCAGUGCGUACAUCACUGCUGCCUUCUUGGAGAUGAACAGGCCUGCAAACGACCCUGUGGUGAGAAACAGCCUGUCCUGCCUCAGGGAGUCUAUCGGUGACCUCAGAAACACCUAUGCCACCGCUCUGUUCGCCUACGUCUUCACCCUGGCAGGAGACAUGGAGACCCGUGAUCACCUUCUGAGUUACCUUGACAGGGUUGCAAUACAGCAGGGAGGUUUCCUUCACUGGUCUCAGACUGCAGCAGACAGCUAUUCCUCUCUGUCUGUGGAGAUCAGCUCAUAUGUGCUGCUGGCCAAACUCAGCGUCCCAUCUCCUACCACUGAAGACCUGGGAUACUCCUCCCGCAUCGUCAGAUGGCUGACCAGCAAGCAGAACUAUUAUGGAGGCUUUUCAUCCACACAGGACACAGUGGUGGCUCUUCAGGCUCUGGCUCUCUACUCCACUCUGGUGUUUAGUCCAGAAGGUUCCAGCACAGUGAGAGUUGAGUCUCCCAACAAUCAGGCAACUUUUGAUGUAAAUCAGGAUAACAAGCUGCUCUACCAGGAGCAGGUGCUGAAGAGUGGCGCGGAAAGGUACAACGUGGAGGUGAAGGGAACGACAUGUGCAUCAGUGCAGAUUUCUCUUCACUACAACAUCCCAACUCCUACUGACGUCUCCACAUUCAAAGUGGAAAUUCAACCAGAAGCCGACUGCAGAGACACUCCUAACAGACGCAGGAUGUCUCUGAAGUUUAAGUCCUCAUACACUGGAGAAGAGACUACCACAAACAUGGUGAUCCUGGAUGUCAAAAUGCUCUCUGGAUUUGUCCCAGACCCAGAGUCUCUGAAGAAGCUUAAACAUGACCCGCUGGUGGAUCGUGUUGAAGAAAAGAAAGAUCACGUGAUGGUGUAUUUUGAGGAGUUGCCAAAGGACAUCCCCUUAAAUCACGAGUUGGAAAUCAUUCAGGAGCUCCCAGUGAAGAACUUGAAGCCUGCUGUGGUCAAGCUCUAUGACUACUACCAGCCAAGUGACGAGGCUGAGUCUCAGUACAUCUACCCUUGUCCUGCAGCCUGAACACCAACAUUGUCCUCAUGGUUGCAGCAGUCGAAAUAAAGCUUCAUUUUAUUCAAAGUCA